GCUCCGCGCUCCUGAAGAAACCAACAGACUGAUCCUGUGACGAGAAAACAAGGGGAAAACGAAAGUGAAUUCGCUGAUGAAUGUUUGUCAAUUUGGUUGUAUUUGGUAAUUAAUGUCAUGUAAGUAUUGCAUUAAUGUGUCGUGAAUCCUACAUCGAGGAGAGGGAACCAUCGGCUUUUUUCACGUUAUAAGAGUUCGGGCUGUCCAAUCUGUGCAUCCCGUCCUUAGUAAGCAGUACAUCCUGCCUGUAUUUAAUGCUGUUAACAUCUGGAGAGUGUGUCGAACCGAUUGUCAGCGACGUGUUUAAAAGAGUCAGUGCGUAAAAAAAUUGUGAAUUUAGCAAUGUUUGGAUGAUGGCAGAAGUACAGGCUACCGAAAAUGUACCGGGACCUUUGUUGAAUUCUGCAACUUCCCCGAUGCAAGUCGCAACGGAAACAGCGACGUUAAGCAGCAAUGACACCGGGCUUCCCCCGUCCAGUACCCGCGCAUUCCUGGACGUUGCUGCGGCCGCCUCGGCUGCGGUACACCCGGUUUUUGGAUCCGAGGUUGUGUACAGCAAUGGAAGACUGGGAGAGCAUGGGAGUCCCAGGAUGGGCAGCCGUAGCCGAGAUAAUUCAGCCGAGAGGAAUCAGGGCGGGGUGAACACACCUUGCGGCAUCAUGAAGGAUGGCUCCAAGCAGAAGCAGGUGCGGAAGAAGACCGUGUCCUUCAGCUCCAUGCCCAACGACCGCAAGAUCAACAGCACAGCGGCCUGUAUGGCCUUCAUGUUGGAGGGGUGCGAGAUGAAAAAGGUGCGGUCCAACUCCCGGAUGUACAACCGCUACUUCCUCCUGGACCCCGACAUGCACUGGCUGCGCUGGGAGCCCUCCAAGAAGGACUCUGAGAAAGCAAAGCUGGAGAUCAAGAGCAUCAAAGAGGUCCGGCUUGGGAAGAAAACUCCGGUGCUGCGCAGCAAUGGCCUCUCUGACCAGUUCCCUGAGGAGUGCGCCUUCUCCAUCAUCUACGGUGAAGACUACGAGUCCCUGGACCUGGUGGCCAGCACGCCUGAUGUGGUGAACACGUGGGUGAUGGGCCUGCGGUACCUGGUCUCCUACGGCAGGCACACGGUGGACGCCUCGAUUGAUCCCAGCCAGCCUAGUCUGAGGACCUCCUGGAUCGGGUCGGUGUUUGAGUUAGCUGAUCUGGAGAAGGAGGGCUACAUCGUCCUCUCCAGAGCCACACAGAUCAUCAAGGGUCUGAACCCAGGCAUGAAAGCAUCCAGGAUAGAGUUGAAGUUCAAGGAGCUCCAGAAGGCUAAAGAACAGUGCAGGGAAGGCAUAAACAUGGACAUGUUUAUUGAGGCCUACUGUGAACUCUGCACGCGGCCAGAGAUAUUUUUCUUGCUGGUACAGUUCUCCAGCAACAAGGAGUACUUGGACUGUAAGGACCUGAUGCUAUUUGUGGAGGUGGAGCAAGGAAUGGAAGGGGUGACUGAGGAAAUGUGCAGGGAUAUGGUCCAGAAGUAUGAGCCAUCUGUGGACGGCCGGGAAAGAGGCUACCUCUCUAUCGAUGGCUUCACGCACUACCUCCUCUCCUCCGAGUGCCAUGUCUUCGACCCACAACACAAGCUGGUCUGCCAGGACAUGACCCAGCCUUUGUCCCACUAUUAUAUCAACUCCUCACACAAUGCCUCCCUCUUGGAUGACCACUUUUGGGGAUCCUCCGACAUUGGCAGCUACAUCAGAGCCCUGAGGAUGGGCUGCCGGAGCCUGGAGGUGGUGGUCUGGGACGGUCCUGAUAAUGAGCCCCUCAUCUAUGUGGGGAGUGCCAUCACCUCCCAGCUAGCUUUCUCCAAGGUCGUGGACAUCAUCAACCAGUAUGCCUUUGAAUGCUCAGAAUACCCCCUGAUCAUCUGCCUAGUGACUCACUGCUGUGUACACCAGCAAAAGGUGAUGGCGCAGCACAUAAAAAAGAUCCUCGGCGACAAGCUGUAUGUGGACCCGCCCGUCACAGAAGACCAUUACCUUCCAAGCCCCGAAAAACUCAAGGGAAAGAUCCUUCUGAAGGGCAAGAAAUUGCCUCCUCAUUGUCCAGAUUCCGAGGGGGAAGUUACUGAUGAGGAAGAGGGAAUGGAGAUAUCCCGGAGAUUUGGAGCAGAGGCGAAGGAUCAGCCCAAUGGUAUCAGCUGUAAAAGUUUGAGGCUUUGCAAGGAACUUUCAGAUCUUGUUUCCCUAUGCAAGUCUGUGCAGUUCAGAGACUUCGAAAAGUCUAAAAAAGACCAAAAGUACUGGGAGAUAUGCUCCUUUAAUGAGGUUGACGCCAACAGGUUUGCUAAUGAGUACCCUGAGGACUUUGUGUGCUAUAACAAGAGGCUCCUGUCCAGGGUGUACCCCACUCCCAUGCGAAUCGACGCGAGCAACAUGAACCCUCAGGACUUCUGGAAAUGUGGAUGUCAGAUUGUGGCCAUGAAUUUCCAAACACCUGGGCUGAUGAUGGACCUCAACUUGGGCUGGUUCCGGCAGAAUGGGAACUGUGGCUAUGUGCUGCGGCCAGCCAUCAUGAGGGAGGAAGUCUCUUACUUCAGUGCCAAUGCCAGGGACUCCCUGCCGGGGGUGUCUGCACAGCUGCUGCACAUCAAGCUGAUCAGCGGCCAGAACCUGCCCAAACCCAGGGGCUCGGCGGCCAAGGGUGACGUGGUGGAGCCCUACAUCUACGUGGAGAUUCAUGGCAUCCCAGCAGACUGCGCCGAGCAGCGAACCAAGACGGUCUCUCAGAGCGGCGACAACCCCGUCUUCGACGAGAGCUUCGAGUUCCAGAUCAACCUGCCUGAGCUGGCGGUGUUGCGCUUCGUGGUCCUGGAUGACGACUACAUCGGUGACGAGUUUAUCGGCCAGUACACCAUCCCAUUUGAGUGUCUGCAGCCUGGGUACAGGCACGUGCCCCUGCAGUCUCUGACCGGCGAGUUCUUGCCUAACACCACCCUCUUCGUGCACAUCGCUAUUACCAACCGCAGGGGCGGGGGCAAGGCCCACAAGAGGGGGCUGUCAGUGCGAAAGAGCAGGAAAGCCCGGGAGUACACCUCCGCCAAGUCCACUGGAAUCAAAAUGGUGGACGAGCUGUUCAGGGCAUCCACACAACCUCUGAGGGAGGCCACAGAUCUCAGAGAGAACGUACAGAAUGCCUUGGUGUCCUUCAAAGAGCUAUGUGGGCUCACGCCAGCAGCCAACAUGAAGCAGUGCAUCCUGACCGUGUCCACCUGGCUGCUGAACAGUGAACGGGCCCUGCUGGUCUCCGUGGACCUGAGCGAGGCCUACCCCACCAUGGAGGCCCAGGGGCCCAUUCCAGAGCUUCUGCGUAAGGUCCUCACAGCCUAUGAUACGAUGAUCCAGACGAGCCGCACGCUGAUAGAGUCUGCCGAUGUGGUCUACGCCAAACUCAUGCAAGCGCAACGAGCCGGACUGGAUUUCCAUGAGGACCUCCACCGGAUCGGAGCCAAGGAGGGGCUGAAGGGAAGGAAGCUCCAGAAAGCCAUGGAGAGCUAUGCCUGGAACAUCACUGUUCUCAAGGGCCAAGCGGACCUCCUGAAGCACGCUAAGAUGGAGGCGCUGGACACCCUGCGUCAGAUCCACCACGCCGCCCAGUCCUGUGGCCUCAGCAGGAACGGAGCCUCGUCCUCCGGCAGCGCCUCCUCGCCCGGGCCUCCCCGCCCUCACGCGCACGCCCCGGCCCCGGACCCCGUCCCCGAGAGCGAGACGGCCAGCGACUCCGGCUCCUGCUGACCCCUCCGCCCCCUCCCCGCCCCCCGCUUUCACUGCAGCCAAUCGCCGAACAGGGACUGUGCUCCGGAGCCAAUGAGAGGAUAGGGAUAGAGAGUAAUGGACAUGGGAAGGAGAAAGGUGACGGAGAGGAUGAUAGAGACAGAGGUGUGAUGGUGGGGAAUGGGCCCCUGGCGGGAGUGAGGAAUGCCCUGUUUUCCAAGAGGGAGGUAAACGGAGAAUGGAAUAGCGACCUGUCCCCCCCAAUACUCCAUCUGGUGGGAAGCACUUCCUGUCAUGGAUGACAGCUGAGCAUGAUCUAGCUGAGCAUGGGGGAACCUGGACACCCCCCCCUGCCCGCUCUGUAUGAACAAAGAAGCACCCAGUGUCCCCUCAGGUCAAAAUAUACCAUACUGCCCCCCAGAGGCAGGGAGGUGACUAACGGCACUACCGCGACAAACGCCUAGUCACCUGACUGGCUGCCCAUCUCCAAGUGUCUCCAAGCACCGUUAGCCCUGUAGCUGUGGGGGCAUACUCUCCUUAAACUCCUUGAUUCCCUGCUGCUGAAGCUAUGACUACGGGCCAUUUGUCCUCCUCCUAAGCGCAGUCUCUAUUUCUUUAUAUUGUGUUACCUUUUUCUUCCUCAACCAGAGCAGACCUUGGAGCCAUGGACACGCCCUGAUGUAUCGUUCACUCAAAACACACGUGAACACCCGCACAAACUCACACGCGCCCGCACAUAAACCCGUGAACACGCCCAAACACAAGCCGCACGCAUUCCCACUUGAGCACGCACAGCCGUGCAUAUAUAGGAAAAGUUAUUUCAGCCCUAGCCUGCUGUGAUACACCAGUAGGGGGGCAUGCUAAUCUGUUCUGCCUGCCUAUGAAGAACAUUCUGCUCUGUCUGCAGGGAAAGACCAGUACUUCUAAAUGCCAUCAGUCUGGUGGCUCUGUGAAGGAAGCUGCAUUUCAGCGGGGUUUCCCUCGCCCUUCUCCAGGGGCCGACUGUGUGAGGCGCAUUAGUAAUGUUGUCCCUCUGAUGUGAGUAGUGCUGUAAGCAGUCAGCCAAUGUGGUAAGCGGGACACUUGCUCUUGUCUGAGCGAAUGUAGUCUUCUUAAACACGAGCCUUCAGCGGGAGAGUGUAGUCAAGCAUCAGCUGCGACAAGAAUGAACAGAAACGUCACAAUAAGUCUCAAAGAACUCAAAACGGCAGCCACAACAUCCCAGCUAAUUGUUGUUAUUAGUGAUAUUAAUAUUAUAAUGAUGAUUUUAUAUAUAUAAAGUGACCUUUCUUCAGUUGUCUCAUUGGUCUGAAGGCUGUGGAAAUAUGUGUGUGUGGGGUGCGAGGGGGAGGGGCGGUAUGUAUGUGUUUCUGAACAAACUGGGAUUCAACUCAAAGUCACCUGAAAGGGUUCUGUAUGAUCUCCGAUUGCAGCCGAUUAAAGUUGGCUUAAUUGUUGACCUUAUUUGUUUUUGUUAUUUAUUCUAACUUGAGUGGUUUUGUGUCUAUGGGGGGCUGCUGUCCUGAUUGGUGUGGGCAAUGAAAGGUGGGUACUAACACAUUGUACUGAACUCUUCCAAACAAGUUUAAUGGUGUGAUAGCUUUAAAAAUAAGUCUAAUAAAUACCUAUAUGAAUAGUUCAUUAAAAUGAGUACAGUUCUGUAAUUGAAGUAUAAAUAAGUGUGUUUAAUAAGGUAAACUUUUAGUCCACUAGUUUUUUUGCCCCUAUGUACAAAAG